CUGCAUUUGAGCCAUGGAAUGUCUCAAUUGGUUGCGAAUCCGAUGAAAUCAGUCCAGAAAAAUUCCUCCAUACUGGCAUUGACCUUUUACUGGAUCUACUCAAAAACCCUGCUUGUACCAUUGACGUUACGGCACCAGUAACAGCUCGGCGUUGUAUGAAGCUGCAGUAUAGUUGCGACCCUCAGUGCAAGGGUUCAAAAAUAUCAGAGAAAUGUGCUACCGCAGGUCAAAAUCCCAUAAUUCAUCUUUAUUUCCCCGGCAUUGCAUUUUACAACAUUUAUUGCCUGCAUUGUUUCUUUAACCGAAAUCCAGUUAUCGAGGAGUAUGUUAAGUGCAUGAGUACUCCUAUAAGGACUCAUAAGCCUAUGACUUACAAAUUCUUUAGUUUUACAUUAUUGGUAGAAAUGGAACCAUCUGAUACAUAUGGACUAAAGAUUGAGGCAGAUGGGCUUUUUGGACUUGACAAUCUCGAAUUUCAAUGUGAUGGAAACCAACAUCAAUGUGUUGUGAGUGACUGCCCGGCCCAUCACACAAAACUAGGCUCUAGGUGUUCAAUCGUAGACGAUGUCAUAGUUCAAGUAAUCCUUGAUUGUAUACUGAACUACAAAAAUUCUAAUGCAGACAAAAUUUUCAAAGAUAACAACUAUAUAUUUGGUACUAU